AUGAGCUUGAAUCUAAAGGAAUUUGAUGGGGUAUAUGGACCAGCAUGGCACUGCAUUGUAGGAAUAAAUUUUGGGUCUUUUGUGACACACUCAUGUUUAAUGCAGCAGGAAAAAGCUGAAAACUUGAUCCUUUGUAACUAUGUAAAAGACAUUUACUUGGUUCAUUUAGCACCUGGAAGCAAAUUUAAUUUUCAAAAAUAUAUCAAAAGAUCAUUAGAAGAUGACUUUAAAGUCUGCGCAGACUUUGAAGUUCCUUCAGAUGAUGGCAAAAAGAAGAAAGCCAUAACAUCAAUCGGAAUAUUAACAGCAGCACUUCUGCUUCUGCUUUUGGUUGCAGGUACUAGAGCUUGGACUACAUUUGAUAGCGAAGACAGUAAUUUUGCUCAAAGUUCGGGUGAUGGGUCAAGUGGUGGGAUAGAGAUGGAUGAUGAUGUAGAAGAAAAAUAUCAUGGUCAUGGUGCACAAGAAAUGGAAACAAUAACAAAUAACAUUACUCAAAGUUUGAUGAGUGCGUGUAAUAAUGUGGACAUUUGA